CCCGCCCACUCAUUAAAUGAAUCCUAUAUAUAUGCGCACACAUACACCGUGUGACUGUCCACUGACUUCGCUUGAAGAUCGAUCAUCACGCCUGGUCAAAGAUUUUCAUCUCUUUUCUUAACAAUCUUCAAAGUUGGUGGAGCAGCAUGAACAUUACCCUGAUUCAUGUUCUGGCGGCUGUCAUCUGGCUCGCUAUGAGCGUCGAAGGACUGAUUCGCUGCUACGCCGGAAGUGCUGCUUUAGGGAUUCCUGAAACACAUUCAUUAUGUGCAGCAGAGCAAGACUCAUGCGUGACGAUGGAACUGACUGAGAGUGGUAUUCAUUACCAGGCCAGAACCUGUGCCACAAGAGCACAGUGCGAUGCGUCCGACUUCAAGGACCAGAUGAAACAGUACAUCCUCGAUCAUCAGCCAACAUUCGUUGGCACCGUCGAUAGCACCUCCUGCUGCCGGGAAAUUGAUUGCAACCGCGCAAACAGUGCUUUUUGCCACAUCGGAAGUGCUGAUUUGAAGAUUGCUGAUGAACCUUACUGUGGAGCCGGGCAAGACUCGUGCGUGACGAUGCAACUGACUCAAAAUGGUAUUCGUUACCUGGCCAGAACCUGUGCCACAAAAGCACAGUGCGAUGCAUCCACCUUCAAGGACCAGAUGAAACAGUACAUCCUCAGAAAACUGCCGAAGUUCGUAGGCACCGUCGAUGGCACCUCCUGCUGCCAGGAAAAUUUUUGCAACUACGUACUUAUGCAACAAUGCUAUUAUGGCAGUGACGGUUUGGGAGUUGCUGAAAAGGAAAAGUUAUGCCUUAUUGGACAAGAUUCAUGUGUGACUGCACUGCUGAUGCAGGGCGAUCGAAUGUUCACGGGAAAAAAUUGCACCACCCAGGCACAAUGUAACGCGCCCGACUUUAAGAUGCAGAUGAGACAAUCCGUCGUGAGCAUGAACCCCUCGUUCACGGGCAUCGUCAAGUACUACAGCUGCUGCCAGUCCAAACUCUGCAACGGCGCCACUGGAAAGAUCUGCUACUACGGGAGUGCCGGAUUGGGAAUCACCGAAGAAUAUAAGUUCUGCGCAACAGGCGAAGACUCCUGCUUAACCACCACCCUAACGCAGGGUGGCAAAACAUUCCAAUUCAGGGGAUGUGGCGUCACGGCGGCGUGUGCGACGUCCGAUUACAAGACGGAGAUAAAGCAAUACAUUACCGGCAUCGCCUCGUCAUUCACCGGCACCGUGAACAAUUACACCUGCUGCCAGACCGAUCUCUGCAAUGGCGUGAUUGAUGGUCGUACUUGUCGCUUCGGAAGCAGCGGGUUGGGAGUUCCUGAAGUCGACCAGGCCUGUGCACCAGGGGAAGACUCGUGUGUGACUGCUGUGCUAUCACAGGGCGGGCAACAGCUUAUAGGUAGGGGCUGCGCCACUACGGCUCAGUGUGCCGCCGCCGAUUUCAAGGAGCAGCUGAAGCAGUACAUCGUGCCAGCCCUAUGCAGUGCCAGCCCUAUGCAGUACUCCUUCACACGCUUGGCGUGCAGUGCCAGCCCUACAGGAUAG